GAAUCUGUUCUUAAAGAUCUCAAAAGUCUCUUCCUUUUUCUUCAUUUCUCUACCCAGAUAUAAAGCGAUGGGUACAUACCUAAGUUCUCCUAAAACUGAUAAGUUAUCAGAAGAUGGUGAGAAUGAUAAUCUCAGAUAUGGUUUAUCGUCUAUGCAAGGUUGGCGCGCUACCAUGGAAGAUGCGCAUGCUGCAAUUCUUGAUCUGGAUGAUAAGACGUCGUUCUUCGGUGUGUACGAUGGGCAUGGAGGUAAAGUCGUUGCAAAGUUCUGUGCCAAGUAUCUACACCAGCAGGUUAUCAGUAAUGAAGCAUAUAAAGCUGGAGACGUAGAAACAUCUCUUCGAAGAGCAUUUUUUAGAAUGGAUGACAUGAUGCAAGGACAAAGAGGAUGGCGAGAGUUAGCUGUACUCGGUGACAAGAUGAAUAAAUUUAGCGGCAUGAUUGAAGGAUUUAUAUGGUCACCAAGAAGCGGUGACACCAAUAACCAGCCCGAUAAUUGGCCUCUUGAGGAUGGUCCUCAUUCUGAUUUCACGGGACCUACUUCGGGGUGCACAGCAUGCGUAGCUCUUAUUAAAGAUAAGAAGCUCUUUGUUGCAAAUGCCGGUGACUCACGUUGUGUGAUAUCAAGAAAGAGUCAGGCUUACAAUCUUUCUAAAGAUCACAAGCCUGAUCUUGAAGUUGAAAAAGAAAGGAUAUUGAAAGCUGGUGGCUUUAUUCACGCUGGUCGAAUCAAUGGAAGCUUGAAUCUGACAAGAGCCAUUGGUGAUAUGGAAUUCAAGCAGAAUAAGUUCUUACCAUCUGAAAAGCAAAUGGUUACUGCUGAUCCCGAUAUAAACACUAUUGACCUAUGUGAUGAUGAUGAUUUUCUUGUUGUUGCAUGUGAUGGAAUAUGGGAUUGUAUGUCAAGCCAGGAACUAGUGGAUUUUAUCCAUGAACAGUUAAAAUCUGAAACAAAACUUUCCACGGUAUGCGAAAAAGUUGUUGAUAAAUGUUUGGCUCCAGACACUACGAGUGGAGAAGGUUGUGAUAAUAUGACCAUCAUCUUGGUUCAGUUCAAGAAGCCUAACCCAUCCGAGACUGAACCAGAAGAAUCCAAACCAGAACCAAGCGAAGAUGAGCCGAGCUCUUCAAGCUAGAUAUCCUUAAAGAGCCAAGAUUUGUGAAAGUCUCUUUUAUCACUGACUUCUAUUAAACGUUGUAAAUCCUUUUGAAUGGCUUAGAUUCAAGAAGCUGGCGUUUUCUUGGGAUUUCAGCUUUUCCUCAGCCUAGCUUCAAGAAGUCUGAAAAUGUCACAGAGUUUGGUUUAAUCAAAAACGACUUAGUAU